GUUUCUUAUCCUCGCCUUCGCUUAUAAAAAUCAACUCCCUCGUCAUCUUUCUCCGUCGUCAGAUUCCGCCAUUGUUGUGCUUCGCUACUUUCUUGAUUCUCUGUAACACAAUGACGCAGGAGGAGGCUGAUUGUGGCACCAGUUCGUAUUACAGCAUUCUUGGCGUUAGUUCUGGUUCUUCAAUCGAUGAAAUUCGCAGAGCGUAUCGCAAGCUCGCCAUGAAAUGGCAUCCUGAUAAGUGCGCGAGAAAUCCUUCGCUGUUAGGUACAGCCAAGAGGAAAUUCCAACAAAUCCAAGAAGCCUAUUCAGUGCUAUCGGAUCAGAGAAAGAGAACGCGAUACGACGCCGGAAUACAAGAUCUCGACAUUGACGAAGACGACGGGGAGGUAGGGAUGUGCGAUUUCGUGCAGGAACUGUGGUCGCUAAUGGCGGAAUGCAAGAAGAGAGAGGAAAAGAGCUACAGCUUGGAGGAGUUGCAGAGGAUGUUGAUGGAAAUGGCGGAAGGCUUCGAGUUGUGUUCUUCCUACGGAACCUCCGCUUGUGAAAUGACGCAAUGCUCCAAGGAAUUACGUUUCGACGGAAACUACCAUGUACACGUGUCCAACUGAUUUUCGACACGUGGUAGGGCAAUUUUGUAAUUAGGCAACAAUCCCAUCCUUUUAGUGUAAAUUCAACAGAGUUUUAAAAUAAAAGAUCAGUUUAUAACUAUCUAUA